AUGGAAACUGCACCGCUCACAUUGGCCCACACCCACGCCCGGAACGCGGCCUUGGAGACUCGCAAAUCUAAUCCUGUGGCCGCUAGCGAAGAGCACGAUCUGGCAGCUGAACAACAUCAUAAAAAGCUCGCCCAUAUCCUUCGCUUCCAGCAUGAAAACCCGCCCUCUUCUACCGCCGGGGUUAACAACCAGACCGCCGCUGAAUCUGGAGCGUCGAAGACAGACACACAACAGCCUCCAAAGCUGAUCGAGAACCCUCGUUUGCCCAAGAGGGAGACGUCUUCAAUUGCAAGCAACUUGGCCUCCGCACGAGGAAUCCCGGCUCAGCCGCGUCACUCAUCCCCCGCAUCGCCCACCGUCACGUCUCAGCAGGCAGGAGCAAAGUGGACGGAAGGACCCGCAAAAAUCAGAUCAGGAGAAUCGAGAUUGAGAGCUGCCCAGGCCGCCGGACAGAGAGAUCGCGUGAACCGUCCUUUGGGUCAAAAGCAGCCAUGGUCACCACCGGCUGGCAGUCCUACAGAUAUCACCUCCCAGCAAUUCGUACCCGCAGAGACCGUGGACUCGACCCAACAAUCGUACCGACAGUCUACGACCGAGGAGCCGUUUCAGCGAUUUUACUCGACCUUUGAAGGCCUCAUCUCCAAGAUUUCAGCACCGCUAGCAUUUGCAGGGCUCCCUCUCGGACUGGAUAGCGUCAACAAUGCAAGUGCAGUUCGCAAAUCAUCGGCGGAAACGAGACUCGACAGGCAAACGGCCGUAUCAGAUCGCUCUGUGUCCUCGGCGGAGCCCGAUAUCAGCAAGAUAUUCUCCCGUGCUGCAUUAAAAGCGAUUCGUGAAUCUGGGGGCGGGAUGGGGACAGGAAAUCCGGCGGAAUCGUUCUACGUGGUGCCCACAACCGGUGGUACUGUGUCUUACGCGGGGAUCUUAACCCGUGCCGAAAAGGAAGCUCGUCGGAACAGUGUCGAUGAUGCGGAGGAUGACUUUGUUGAUGCUCGAGAGACACCCUCCUCUCCGGAAAUGCUUCAGGCAAGCAAAGCCAAAGGCAAAGGCAAAUCAGGCCGGGGGAACGACAAACUAACGAGCCUCCAGUCGCCUAAGACCUUGGAAGAGCUGCAAAUGGAAAAUCAAGCACUACGUCACCUCUCUGACACCUUAUCAAAACGGUUACACAUGUGGGAGGUCAACGCACAGUCAUCGUCCCUGGCUUUGCAACAAUCUUUGAAGGCAAUGCAUCACCAGAAUAUCCCAUCCCCGGAGCAUGGACCCCAAUCUGUGUCUGCAGUGUCCUCACCUUCGACAGGUCCCUCUACGGCAACCGCCGCGCCGACAGAACAAGAAAAGCGCAUAAAGGAACUCGAGGAAGCACUCCGCCACCACGAAAAGGAACUGGAGAAAGUAGGACGGGAGAAUGAGAAGCUCCACAACGUGCUUGGUCGGUAUAGGGACCGAUGGGAAAAACUCAAGGAAGGCGCUAAGUCGAGACGUGCUGAGGGUAGAGGUGGAGACAGCGGCGCAAAAACCAGCAGCACAGGCACUGCGCAGCAGAAUGCAGGAACGGAAGGUAAAACAGGCGAGACAGAACAAGUGGCGUCUAAUGAGCAGAGCGACCCAAAGGAUGAAGCAUAG